AGACCCCUGUUCUCCUCCAGCAAGAAACAUGGAACAAGUGAACUGACGUGAAAUCCCAUUCUGCUGCUGCCCAGCAAUGGGUUGUGUGCAAUGCAAGAAAAAGAAGGGAAACCAAACUCAGAACAGCAGCAAUGAUGGGACAAUUAACCCACCCCUGAACUCCUGCUGUGAUCCUAACUCCUCCCAGCAGAACCCCCCCAGCUUCACCCACAUCCCAGAUUUCAACAACUUCCCAAGGACGCCAGGGCCUUUGACUUCAGUUGGUCCUGGGGGCUCUGGGCUCUACCCGACACCCUCUGUUCACAUGCCAGCAAUUGGGAUUACAGGUGGAGGAGUGACCCUUUUUAUUGCCUUGUAUGAUUAUGAAGCCAGAACAGAAGACGAUCUGACAUUCAUAAAGGGAGAGAAAUUCCACAUCAUCAACAAUACAGAGGGUGACUGGUGGGAGGCACGCUCCCUGAGCACUGGAGCCACUGGCUACAUCCCCAGCAAUUAUGUGGCCCCUGUGGACUCCAUCCAAGCAGAAGAGUGGUACUUCGGGAAGAUUGGCCGCAAGGAUGCUGAGAGGCAGCUGCUGUGCCAUGGCAACCCCCGGGGGGCCUUUCUCAUCCGUGAGAGUGAAACCACCAAAGGUGCCUACUCACUGUCUAUCCGGGACUGGGAUGAGAUGAAGGGAGACCAUGUCAAGCAUUACAAGAUCCGGAAGCUGGACAGCGGUGGCUAUUACAUCACCACCCGGACCCAGUUUGAGACUGUGCAACAGCUGGUGCAGCAUUACAGAGAGAGAGCUGCAGGAUUGUGCUGCCGCCUGGCCGUGCCGUGCCCUAAGGGGAUGCCCAAACUGGCGGACCUGUCUGUGAAAACCAAAGACGUUUGGGAGAUUCCUCGCGAAUCGCUGCAGCUCAUCAAGAAGCUGGGCAAUGGGCAGUUCGGGGAAGUGUGGAUGGGCACUUGGAAUGGCACCACCAAAGUUGCGGUGAAGACGCUGAAACCUGGGACCAUGUCUCCAGAAGCCUUCCUGGAGGAGGCCCAGAUCAUGAAGCGCUUACGGCACGACAAACUGGUGCAGCUGUAUGCCGUGGUGUCAGAAGAGCCCAUUUUCAUUGUUACUGAGUUCAUGAGCCAAGGUAGUUUGCUAGAUUUUUUGAAAGACAGAGAUGGUCGUUUCUUGAAGUUGCCCCAACUGGUGGACAUGGCAGCACAGAUUGCAGCCGGAAUGGCUUACAUUGAGCGAAUGAAUUACAUCCAUCGGGACCUGCGUGCUGCCAACAUCCUUGUGGGUGACAACCUUGUGUGUAAAAUUGCUGACUUUGGCUUGGCCCGACUCAUUGAAGACAACGAAUACACAGCUCGCCAAGGUGCCAAAUUUCCCAUCAAGUGGACAGCUCCAGAAGCCGCUCUCUAUGGCAAGUUCACCAUCAAGUCAGACGUGUGGUCCUUCGGCAUCCUCCUGACAGAGCUCGUGACCAAGGGCCGAGUGCCUUACCCAGGCAUGAACAACCGGGAGGUGUUGGAACAGGUGGAACGGGGUUACCGCAUGGCCUGUCCUGGGAAUUGCCCCCCCUCGUUGCACGAUCUGAUGGUGCAGUGCUGGAAGAAGGAGCCUGAGGAGCGCCCCACUUUUGAAUACCUCCAGACAUUUCUAGAAGACUACUUCACUGCUACGGAGCCUCAGUAUCAGCCGGGAGACAACAACUGUAACUGAAGGGGCUGCUGACCAGGACUGGGACCUUGGAGAGCGCGCUCUGUGAGGACCGCUCUCGAGUGUGGUGUGAGACUGGGACGCACUGAGAUGACCUCCCCCCCGUCCAGCACCAGGAGCUGAGGGUCCCAUUUUGUAGAACUGGGAUUUGGUUCCUUUCUCCUUCAUCUUAAUUUUAAUUUUAUUCUCCUCUGGGAGUAUUGCUUUCUUAUUAUUGUGAUUUUGUGUUUUAAAUUCUGCCUCAUCCUGAAGAGCUCCCAUGCUGGUCUUUGGAGAUUAAAAAAGAUGGGGAUGAUGAUGAUGACGAUGAUGACGAUGAUGAGCAGCCAAGGCUAGAGAUGGCAGGAGGAGAGGAAUUUGCUUCAUAGUGCAUCCUCUCUUAAUUAAGUUGCUUCUCUGUGAAAGUUGGAGAACCUUCAGCCCUUGAAAGAGCCCCUUUGGCUUUGUACUUCAGCCCCCUUUGAUUCCAGUCAACAAGGCACUGUGGGAGUUGUAGCGCCAGAUGUUUGCAUGCACCUUUUCCCUAACCCUGCUGCAGCCAGUAAGGAUAAGGGUAGGAGGGCUGCAGGACCACAGAAUAAAGAACUUUGCACAAUGAGAUAUGUUACCUAGCCAUCCUGCAACCAGUGCCCUCCAGAUGUGACUGCAACUCUCAGAAUUCAUCAGCUUGCAAAGGCCAUGCUGGCUGGGAACUCUGAGAGUUGUAGUCCUGUGGCAUCAGAUAUGGGAGGUUGCUGUUGAACCCCAACUGCCAUGAUGCCAUUGGCCAAACAAUCUAGGUUUGGUAAGCAUGUUUGAGUCCUGCAAGAUCUGGAGAGCCGUGGUACUCUGUUCCUCCCCUACAACAUUCUGGAAGGUGGGCAUGAUGUGGACAGUGGAUACCACAUUUCUUCUCCCUCCUCAUUAGCUCUGAUGCUCUGAAUUCAUGACUUGGUACUAUCUGGGAACAUAUCAUGUCUGAAAUCGCUGAGUUACGACCAUGAUAUGAGAAUGAACUUACGUAAAAUCCAUUAUAGGUUUAUAGGUUGAUCAAGCAAUAUCAGCCUUUUUCUUGUGAGGGUCAGCUUGGCUUUCGAAUUAUAUAUUGGGGGCUGCACUUCAAAAAGGAGAUGGGGCCAGGACAGAGCCCUAAUUCACUGGUGCAUAAAGGAAGCAGACAGUGUUGCCUAGGAUAACUCAAGGGGAAAUUGUAUGCCAAAAUGGCUUUGGAUCCUGUUUGCAGAAGGAGAGAGUGUCUGAGCAGAUUCCUGUGGAACUGUGAAGUGUCUGUUCCAUAGCCACAUGGUGCCUUCUGACAAUAAGACAAUGCUCCUUACCAGAUGGGGGCUUGUGCACCAUCCAUUGAAAAUUAAUGAUUUUUGCUUGUCAACUGGGAACCGUUCCAGAUGUUCCUUACCAGAUGUGCUGGGACUGCAGUGUCCAAAAUUCCUAGCCAGUAAUUACAACCCUAACACAUUUGGAGGGACUUGGUUGGAAGAGGCUGGCUUAUCUGGUAUCCAUAUCCCAAUUAUCUCCCACUAACCUUUUCUCCCUCUGCACAAGAAUCCUCUAAUCUAAAGCUCUGGCAGGUGUGUUGAGGAAUCUGCCACAGAUCAUUAAUAGGACCCUAACCAUAAUCUUUGGAGGAAAGCUAUGCCUCCAACACCAAUAAAAGAAGGUCCUAAGUCAGAGUUGUGGCCUCCCAGGUACAUUUAGAUUAAAAUUCCAUCAUCCUUGAUCAUUGUCCUUGUUAGUUGGGACGGCUGGAAGUUGGAGUCUGGGAACAUCUGGAGAGCCACUGGUUCUCCAAACUGUCCUAAGAAGUGCUUCAGUAGAAAUUUUAGAAGACAAGUGUUGUAGAUGUCUAAAAACAGCUACAAUAAAGUCUGCUGUAGAUCCAAGGGGAAAAACUUGAGUUUCCCUUCAUUUCCAUCCCUCUGUAAUUUGAAAUACUGCCAAGACACUGGAAAUUGCUGAAAUGUGAACUACUGCAUUGCACUGGGCUGAUUUCUGAAGGAUAUGCAGAUUUACUGAGAAAUAAGCAUAAUUGCUUAUUUCAACCUUGGUUGCUGAACAGAUCACCACAUUAUGGCUUAUUAUUGAUGAACCAGGCCAAUGAUUUAACAUUGCUUCCUUUCAGGUAAGAAUAUGAAAGAUUUAAAUCCUUAACUGUGGUCAGCAUGUAGGAUUAUGACCAGGGCUCUUAUAGUUUGUAAACCAUGGUAUAUUGUAUAAAUCAGCAAAUUAUGAUUCAUUAAACUAUUAACAAAUAAACAAUGGUUUAGCACAGUGUGUGAACCGAA